CAAAAACGUGGACAUUUGUCAUAUCUCGGGGAUUCCCAAUAAUCUAUUAAUUAAAAAAAAAAUUAAAAAAAAACAUAUAACGAAGCAAAUCAAAGGAUAAAUCAACGCUCAGUUUGAGAAAGCACUUUUCAGCUCUGAUGAGCAGCUAUGGGAUGCUGUUAUUCACGACAUCAAGACGAGGACGUACCUCCGAAUAUACAUAAAAGAGCAACAAAACAUUCCUAUAAACGAAAAGCAGCAAAUAAACAAAUAUCAACCGACAUUACUCGUGAAUCUUCAAACCCAACCUGUUAUGAAGAUAAUGAAAAGGUUGUGGAUUUAGAUGGACUUCGGCCUCGCGUAUUUUAUAGAUGUCUUCCUAUUGGUCUAGUUGUAGAUGAUCCUGGUAUAUUUGCUUUACAACAUCCCAAAUCACUUAUCAAUUCUGCUUCUGAUCCAAUCCAAUUCGUCGAUGUUACUGACAGAAACGAGGAAGUAAUGCCAAAUAUCAACAUAAUUCCUAAUGCACCUCCUCCACCAGUGUUACCUUUAUAACCAGCUUAAAGUUUUAUACACAUGUAAUGUUGCUUACUCUGAAAAGUGAAAAAAAAAUAUGCUGCAUCUUACAGUUUUCACAAUAAUCAAGGCAUAUGCAAGCGUUCAGUAGAGGAAUGAAGCAAUAUUUUUUACAUCAUUUACUGUGUAACUUUAA